AUGUUGACUCUCGUCGAUCUGAUUGACGAGAACCUUUCGCUUGAAGGAAAGAUUGUUGACUUGCUGGAAGCAGAGAUGUCGGCGAGGAGAGAGCUUCUUCAGGAGAAAAGUCAGCGCCAGAAAAUCGAAGCCUAUGUAGACACGCUUCAGGAAUACAUCCGCCAUUUGAAACGGAGGAAUGAGAUUUUAUCCAACGGGUUGGAACGCAUUUUCAGUUUAUCUUCCUUCAAGCUAGUCUUCUAUGUUUUCACCCGAGAAAAAGUAGCCCAGCAGACAUAUGAGCGCUCAACAAUCCUCAACGAUCUUAGGGAGCUCAAUCUUGAAAUGACAUCUGUUCGAAAGGAGAAAGAAGAUUUGAAGAAGAAGCGAGAAAAGUCAAAAGCAACUAGAACUGAUCAAGAUUGUCCAGUCUGCCAGACACAAUAUGGAGGAGAGAAUGUCCUUGUUUGCUUCAAAACUUGCGGACAUUGCCUUUGCUUCACAUGGUAA